AUGAAGGAAAUAGGUGAAGAAGUUUCAAAUUUCCUUAUGAAUCGUACUAUUACAUGGAAAUCACAAACAAGAAGUUUUCAAUAUUAUAUCAUAGAAGAAGGUUUUUAUCCACCUUAUCUUGCAUAUACUAGAAUGCCGAAUCAUUAUCCAAUUCCUGACAAUUAUAUUGUAGAAACAACUUAUGGAAAGAAUAUGAAAACUGUUACUUGUUCUAUAAAUUAUUAUAAUGAAAAGCCUCUAUACGAGAUUAAAUUUGGCCAUGAAUGUGUAUAUUCAGACCUUUCGCCAACUGCCGUAGCA